ACCUCUCAAACCUGAAAUUACGAAAAACCUGUUCAUUAAGACCGUCAGUGGGACAGUGACACCUUUUUUAUGAGACAAAACUGAACUAUUAAAACUAAACAACAACAAAAUUCAACCUGGCCGAAUACGGUCCAUUGCACUACGCCAUAAAUCAAGUUUAACAAACUCUUCUACAUCACUUGGAUGUAUUGAUUAAGAAUACUACUACUCCAACUAUAUUUUUGUAAAUGACCAAUUGAACUCGCAGACAUUCGAUUUUAAUUCAGUGAAAAGUGAGUCAUUUGGGUGUGAUAUAGUGGCGAUGCAAAAUUGAAAAGCUUGUGGCUUGUAUUACCAGUAUCGCUUGAAACAGUACGAAGUGCCGGCUUUAUCGAAAAUGGGUCUUGCCCAAUCAGACCACUCCAAAUCUUAUAUAAUUUCCAUCAAAGUGCCAGAUCCAAUUGCUACUUUUCCGAAACUUCCACCGAACGAAUACAAUUUCACAGACCUACGCAACAAAAUUUAUUACAUCGUCAAAGCAUCAAUGGACGACCUUCCACCCGACUAUUGGGUAAUUCUGCAGAGAUUGUUCACUCUAUUGGAUUGCUGUCAAUCCGUACUCAGUGAGAACAUUUUGAAACAGUCUGCGUCGGCUGAGUAUAAGGAUACGGCACAACGAUUGACAGCGCUAGCAACGCACAUAGAAACAUUGAAUAAAAAUAUCCAGAUUUUGCUUCAAGACGGGACCUCAGACGAUAAUCGAAGCAUAGCUGAAAAUGAGGGAUUUGUAUCCUGCCAAGAAAUUAUCCGAUGUUUCUCGGAUGAAAAUGGGUCAUUUUAUCGAAACACUUUUCUUUCGUGUCCGUGCCUCAUCAUCUCUGCUGGAAUUAUUCGCAGUUUCUCAAAACUAUGGCUAACUGAUGGCCAAAUGAACGAAUUGACAAAGGUCGCAACUCCCGUACUACUUUGCUUCAAGGAUAAAUGUAUUCAAGAAAGAUUGGACAACAUCAAAAUGUUGAGAACUCAAUCAGUCUCUUACAAUGUUCACGACUAUUCUUACGAAGCCCAGGUCAGAAAGGACGUUACAUUUGGUGGGAAAAUCAACGACUUUUAUGACAAGAGACCGGAAGAUGAAAUUUCAUUCAGAGAUCACCCAUUGAGGGAAGUAACUGAUGCCGACCAUAUAUUGGCUGCAUAUAAAACCGAAGUGAAACGAGAAUAUGAACAGUUGUUCGGAGCCCUACUGAAUGAUUUCUAAAAGUUUAUAUUCAAAUGAUAAUUCGCUUUAUCUGUGGUUUUCCUGUGCAUUAUUUUACAUUUAUUCACGAAAAAAAAAUAUCUUUUAUCACUGACAC